AUGCUGCAGCUCCCGGCAGAGGAGCUCAAAACGGCUCAACAACAGGAUCCAGUUUUGUCUGAGGAGUGUCUAGGUGGUUUAGAAGAGCAGACGCAGGGUGUGACCUAUAAGAUUCGUUAUUUGUUGAUGAUUCGAGUCGCUCCCAAAUUGUUCACUAUAAUCGGCUCAGAUCUUACAGAGCUCCAGUUCCAGAAAGCAAUGUCAGGGCCCCUGUUCCGACUACUGUUAAACUCUGGCAAGCUGCUGAUUGAACUCAAGGAUAAAUCGUACAGAGACAUUUUGCUCACCGGUUGGGACUCGCAGUUGUUUGGGGACAAUGCUGCUUUCCAUCCGAUGGGUGAACGUCCGAACCAGAGCCAACAGAGGUGGGUUGUUGUAUCCCGUCUAUCCCGUGACACGGACCCCGGGGAUCUCGAGACAGCGCUCAAGUUGGAAUAUCCCUCUGCCAAACAGCUGACCAAGUUCCCCCCGCGGGAGCAGAGCAGAUACGUAACUUUUAAAUUCAUCAUUGCAGAUCAAAGUGAUUACUCCAGAGCGCUCCAAUAUGGUUUUCGCCACGACUUCUGUUUUUAUCGAGUGCAUCCACUUGCGCCACGUCCUACGCGCUGUUUCAACUGUCAUCGAUAUGACCACAUCGCCAGCGUCUGCCGGUCUCAGCGGCGCUGCGUUAACUGCGGCAGUAGUGACCCCAGCCACGCUCACCCCUGUACAGUUGACCCAAAAUGCUGUAACUGCACCGGUUCUCACGCGGCCAAUAGCCCCUCCUGCCCUGUGUACUUCAAGCGCUUUGCGGAAAUCAAGCAAUCCUUAUUAAAUGUUUAA